GAUAACCUUCUCCUUUUGAAAUCUUGAAGUCCGUUAAAAAGAGUAAUAUAAUGUAUAAUAUCCUGCAACCUAUAAUAGUACAUUACGAUACAAGUGCGAAAAAUAGGAAAUUCGACACGAGUUGCGAAUUGCCUAUUCGCACAUGUAUCGUACAACGUUUUACAGUACAUAUGGCCCUUUAAAUGUUCGACACAGUAACAUAAUAUGCUACUUCUCGCACUAGUGCUAUAAAGUAGCCCCAUAUGUACUGUAAAAUAUAUAAGGCAAAAAAUGUAUAAGGUGCAUUUUGAUAUGGAAAACGACAUGUUUUGGUGAAUACAGGAAUUCAAAGAGCUAUUAAUAUUGAAUUCUGCUAGUUAGACCAAGCUAAGUCGGCAGCGAUUUUAAUAGCCCAGGUGGUGCAAGUGUUAUUUUAAACGUUAAAUUUUUAUGAAAUUAUGACGCCUUAAUAACAUUGCACCGCCUGGCCUGUCAAAAUCGCUGCCAACUUAGCUUGGUCUUUUUUUCAGUGCAGUCAAACAUUAGUUUACUAAUUUCAGAACGUGUCGGAGCUGUCACUUCCUUAGUUCUGUCACUUUGACAGUUGUAAUUGUCAAUUUCUCGUGUUGAUUCGAAGUAUUUCUUUCUGUUUUGUACUUGGACAUAAUAAAUAUUCAAACUAACAAAGUUAUACCAAGAAAAUGCCUUCCGAUUCUUAUACUUGUGACCUUGAUCCAGAGACGAAUAGUACUCUUAAAAUGUACCUUUUUAAGAACGUUGAGAAUGUGGAGGAAAUCCGAAACAAUAUUAUCAAAGGCGAGUGGAACUGCGCUGUGAUCAAGCCCAGCUUGAUACUGGACCCUUUCCAAGUGGUAGCCGCGGCGAAUCGCGCCGCUGUGUCGGCGAAACUUGGCUCCAUGGUCACGAGAACAGUCUAUGCCGAGAUUCUAUACAAUUUGUCUUUAACCAAGAACAUUUCUCAGAGUUUAAGCAAGUUUGGAGUUGAGAAAGACCCGAAUAUGCUCGUCUGUUUCAUCACAUCUGUAGAUAAAGAUGAGAGCAAUAAUAUUGUACCUCUAAUAAAGGGAGAAAUAUGUCCAAUGUCAGAGCUCACAGAGUUUACAAAUUUGAAAGACUUGAAAAGUGUGUACAAGCUAAAUAAGGUUGAUUGUAAGAGUAAUAACGAUUUGUUGGACAUUGUUGUGAGUAGGAUGGUUACCAAAAACUUUGUGUCACAUUAAAAUAAUCCCUAAAUAGUUGUGUUUUAAUGCAAUGAAUUCUUUGCUAGGAGUUUAUGAAAACUUGUCAUAACUCACAUAUUAUUGUAGAUAAAUAUAGAUAUACACUGUGGGCAAUUAAACGCAACAGAUUUUAUCCAUGCAUUCCUGAGGUCAUAAGGAGCAAAAAAUAUGAGUUUUGGCCAAAUUCACAUUUUUUUUUAUUUAUUACCUUUGUGAAAAAAGAUCACUACAAUGAAUAAGUAAAGUUUUUGUUCAUUUACAGAUAAAUUUGCGAGUUUCCUUUAAAACUUCAAUGUUGUCAGUAGGUAUGUCUAAACCAAGUCACACGGUGGCAACAUCACAGCUAAAAAGGUGUUUUUCACUGAGUUAUUACAGAAACAAAUUUUCUUUCACAAGAAUUGUCAUUAUCUCUAAAACAAGAUCGAUUUCAGGAAACUUUGUAUGACACUAAGUCACUAAAUGCGGGCAAGAAUACACCUUUAAAAUCUGUCAGGUUUAAUUGGCCCAUGGUGUAUAAUAUGUACAGGAAAGAGGGAGUUUUAAAACAACGCAAUUUAUGUACCAUGUUUUAUUUCAACAACAACAACUUUAAUUGUAUAAUGUACAAUUAAAUUACACAAUUUGUAAAAGCCACUAAUUAAAUCAACUUUACAAAUGCA